CAUCAGGAACGCGCCCGUCAGAGCGCGAUUCGAUUGGCUGGAGGGGAGGGCGGUGUCGGUCCACGCCCCGGAGUCGUCAAGCUGGCGCUGGCGAUUGCGCCUGGUGUGUGGGCUGGGUGAGGGCGGGGAGGCCUGGCUGUGUGGAUCUCUGACAGGUGAGGCGGGGGACGCCGAAGUCCAGCCGCCCCCUCCCAGGGCGGAGUCCGAAACAGGCCUGCCAGUCAGCUCUCGCUUCUGUUGGGUGUUUCCAUGCUCCACCAUGUUAAGAGCUAAGAAUCAGCUUUUUUUACUUUCACCUCAUUACCUGAAGCAAGUGAAAGAAUCAUCAGUCUCCAGGCUCAUAUGGAAACGACGUCUACACCAGCAAGAGCCCCUUCACCCAGAAUGGGCUGCCCUUGCUAAAAAGCAGCUGAAAGGCAAAAACCCAGAACAGCUAAUAUGGCACACCCCAGAAGGGAUUGCUAUAAAACCCUUGUAUUCCAAGAGAGAUACUAAGGACUUACCUGAAGAACUUCCAGGAGUGAAGCCAUUCACACGUGGACCAUAUCCUACCAUGUAUACCUUUAGGCCCUGGACCAUCCGCCAGUAUGCUGGCUUCAGCACUGUGGAAGAAAGCAAUAAGUUCUAUAAGGACAAUAUAAAGGCUGGUCAGCAGGGAUUGUCCGUUGCCUUUGAUCUGGCGACACAUCGUGGCUAUGAUUCAGACAACCCUCGAGUUCGUGGUGAUGUUGGAAUGGCUGGAGUUGCUAUUGACACUGUGGAAGAUACCAAAAUUCUAUUUGAUGGAAUUCCUUUAGAAAAUAUGUCAGUUUCCAUGACUAUGAAUGGAGCAGUUAUUCCAGUUCUUGCAAAUUUUAUAGUAACUGGAGAAGAACAAGGUGUACCUAAAGAGAAACUUACUGGUACCAUCCAAAAUGAUAUACUAAAGGAAUUUAUGGUUCGAAAUACAUACAUUUUUCCUCCAGAACCAUCCAUGAAAAUUAUUGCUGACAUCUUUGAAUAUACAGCAAAGCACAUGCCAAAAUUUAAUUCAAUUUCAAUUAGUGGAUACCAUAUGCAGGAAGCAGGGGCUGAUGCCAUUCUGGAACUGGCCUAUACUUUAGCAGAUGGAUUGGAAUACUCUAGAACUGGACUCCAAGCUGGCCUCUCAAUUGAUGAAUUUGCACCAAGGUUGUCUUUCUUCUGGGGAAUUGGGAUGAAUUUCUAUAUGGAAAUAGCAAAGAUGAGAGCUGGUAGAAGACUUUGGGCUCACUUAAUAGAGAAAAUGUUUCAGCCUAAAAACUCGAAAUCUCUUCUCCUAAGGGCACAUUGUCAGACAUCUGGAUGGUCACUAACUGAGCAGGAUCCUUACAAUAAUAUUGUCCGUACUGCAAUAGAAGCAAUGGCAGCCGUGUUUGGAGGGACUCAGUCUUUGCACACAAAUUCUUUUGAUGAAGCUUUGGGUUUGCCAACAGUGAAAAGUGCUCGAAUUGCCAGGAACACACAAAUCAUCAUUCAGGAAGAAUCUGGGAUUCCCAAAGUGGCUGAUCCUUGGGGAGGUUCUUAUAUGAUGGAGUCUCUCACAAAUGAUGUUUAUGAUGCUGCCUUAAAGCUCAUUAAUGAAAUUGAAGAAAUGGGUGGAAUGGCCAAAGCUGUAGCUGAGGGAAUACCUAAACUUCGAAUUGAAGAAUGUGCUGCCCGAAGACAAGCUAGAAUUGAUUCUGGCUCUGAAGUAAUCGUUGGAGUAAAUAAAUACCAGUUGGAAAAAGAAGAUGCUGUGGAAGUUCUGGCAAUUGAUAAUACUUCAGUGCGAAACAGGCAGAUUGAAAAACUUAAGAAGAUCAAAUCCAGCAGGGAUCAAGCUUUGGCUGAACGUUGUCUUGCUGCACUAACUGAAUGUGCUGCUAGUGGAGAUGGAAACAUCCUGGCUCUUGCAGUGGAUGCAUCUCGUGCAAGAUGUACAGUGGGAGAAAUCACAGAUGCCCUGAAAAAGGUAUUUGGUGAACAUAAAGCUAAUGACCGAAUGGUGAGUGGAGCGUAUCGCCAGGAAUUUGGAGAGAGUAAAGAGAUAACAUCUGCUAUCAAGAGCCCCCUUCAGGAGUUUCUCAUGUCAAGCAGAUGUUUAACUAAAAAUGAUAAAUGCUUCAUAUCUUCCAGGGUUCAUAAAUUCAUGGAACGUGAAGGUCGCCGACCUCGUCUUCUUGUAGCAAAAAUGGGACAAGAUGGCCAUGACAGAGGAGCAAAAGUUAUUGCUACAGGAUUUGCUGAUCUUGGUUUCGAUGUGGACAUAGGCCCUCUUUUCCAGACUCCUCGUGAAGUGGCCCAGCAGGCCGUGGAUGCAGAUGUGCAUGCUGUGGGCGUAAGCACCCUUGCUGCUGGUCAUAAAACCCUAGUUCCCGAGCUCAUCAAAGAACUUAACUCCCUUGGACGGCCAGAUAUUCUUGUUAUGUGUGGAGGAGUAAUACCACCUCAGGAUUAUGAAUUUCUCUUUGAAGUUGGUGUUUCCAAUGUAUUUGGUCCUGGGACUCGAAUUCCAAAGGCUGCCGUUGAAGUGCUUGAUGAUAUUGAGAAGUGUUUGGAAAAGAAGCAGCAAUCUGUAUAAUAUCCUCUUUUGGUUUUAGCUUUUUUCUAAAAUAUUAAUUAUGAUCAAAGAAGAGAGUAAAGCUGUGUCUUCAAUUUAAUUUCAAUACCUGAUUUGUACUUUCCUUGAAAGCUUUACUUUAAAAUACCUUGCUUGUAAGCCUGGUAUCAUGCUAAAAGUAUGUACAUACAGUUUCACUUCAAAAAUUUUAAAAAAAAUUCCUAAAAACUCUCUGCAACAAUACUUUAUCAAGAACUCUAGACAAAGGUAUUAUCUUUAAAAAUCAUGGUGAUGUAUUUAUUAGAAUGUUUCUUAUAAAUCUGUUUACUUUUUAUAUUAAGAAUUAAACUGUACCUAAAAAAACUCUGACCAGUCCCAUUUGUCACUUUAGCAUUACAUUGUCUUGAGCACCAGAAAAUAAAAUCUAUAUAUUAAUAAACACUAUCUUGAAAAAAUAGCAGAGCGUAAUUACAUGGGGAAAGAGAUUUUGGGUGGAGUCCUCAGCCAAAUUCUUCCAGAAUCACCUUGAUAGAAGAAGUAUUAAAAUCAAGUACAGCAGGUUGGGAUAUAGGGAAAUUGACAGCAUAUUUCUUCAACUCUGAUUUUACUUUCUUCCUGAGCAUGGCCAUCUGACCUUGUUAUUUCUGGGCUUGGCUCUAGACCCAGGACAGUGGAUGUUUAUGAGCAUUCCUUUAAAUGAAAGUGCUUAGGUUGUAGCUAUGGCUUUGUCUAGAAUGGUGAUAUCAACUGUGAGUGUAGGUCUAUGAUACAGAAAUAUUUUAACUUUCCAGAUCUAGAAAGAUGCUACCUUGCAUAGAUUUGCUCAUUAAACUUAAAUUGCAAAAAUAAAAAUAGCACAAAGAACACCUUUGCUUUGCUUAUUGAAAGAUUUGCUCACUAAAGAAGGAAAGUUGUCAUUUACCUAUGUAACAAAUCUGCACAUGUUCCCUAGAAUGUAAAAUAAAAAAUAAAAAUUUUAAAAAUAAGAAGGAAAGUUGUCCUUUAUUGUUAACAUGAUCCAUUACAUGAAUAUAAAAUGAACAAUUAUGUUUUGUAAUAAAUUUCUAUUGUAUUAGAUCAGAGAGCAAUCUUUGGGAAAGUAUUAUAAGAUAAAUAUAUUACUAUAGAAUUUACAAACUCACUAUAAUACAAUGUGUAUAGUUUUCAGAAUAUGAUUAUCUGAAUGAUAUUGUCAUGAUUAUUGUUGCCAUUUUACAGAUGAACACUCUGACCUCAAAUCCAAUAAUAUAUUGACUAUGUCAUUUUAUUGACUUUUUCUUGUAAAGAAAUGCACACUAGUAAGUAUUUGUUUUCUGUGCUGGGUUCUGUUGUGUGCUGGGUGACAUGAAAUAAACUCAUCCU